CACAGCGCUGCUGUCGGACACUCUGGAAGCAACAAGCUUGACUGGACAAAACGCCCACUGCUGCAGUGCUGUGCUCUUUGAAUUUGACGGACAUAACAACAAAACGAGAUUGUCUCUCUGCUCUUUACGUCAUUCCAAAUUGAAUCGGAGGAAGGAAGAUGUCAGCAGUUCAGAAAGAUGACCAGGGGGACUGGCAGACCGUGUGUCUCAAGUACCUGCUCUUUAUUUUCAACUUUCUCUUCUGGUUGGGUGGAGCAGCUGUCCUGGGUGUUGGAGUCUGGACGCUGGUGGAGAAGAGUGACUACUUGAGUCUGCUGGCAUCCAGCACUUUUGCUGUUUCAGCGUACAUCCUCAUACUGGCUGGAAGCCUGGUGGUAGUUACGGGCUUCCUUGGCUGUUGUGCAGUGAUCCGGGAGCAGAAGAGCUGCCUGUCCGCAUAUUUUCUCUUUCUGUUGCUGAUCUUCUUGAUUGAACUUGUUGCUGGAGUUCUGGCUUACGUUUAUUACCAAAGGCUCAGUGAAGAGCUGAAGCAGCAUCUCAACCAGACUAUGACGGAGAACUAUGCCCAGCCAGGGAAGGUGGCCAUCACAUUAGCAGUGGACAAUCUACAACAGGAUUUCAAGUGCUGUGGCAGCAACAGUUCCCAUGAUUGGUCGAUGAGUGUUUACAUUUUAUCAAAGCCAGCAGAGGGCAGAGUUGUACCUGACAGCUGCUGUAAAACCAUCACCUAUCAGUGUGGAAAGAGAGACCACCCCUCAAACAUCUACAAGGUGGAGGGUGGCUGCAUCACCAAGUUGGAGAAGUUUCUGGCUGAUCAUCUGUUGAUCAUUGGUGCUGUGGGGAUAGGUGUGGCAUGUCUACAGGUCAGCAGCCUCUAAAUGGACAUCUCUUUUCAUCUCAUCGUGGUCUCUAAAUCAUUGCUAUUCAAUUUUGUUCAUCCCUGUUAUUUGAUUUGUCCCAGUCUGAGAGUGCCUUGAGCUUUUAAGCCUCACAGAGACAAGGAAGGUGCUUGCUGUCCUUUCUUAGCCUUACUUCACAUCCUUGUAGAUGACCUUAGGAGAAACCUGAGACCAAACCAUUGAUUAUUUCCUAUGGCAUACGUAAGACUGAUAGGCUCUUUUAAUACCCAACACUGUAUAUGCUGUUCAGGAUCAAGAGCUUUUAUCAGGCAACAAGGAACUGAAAACAAGUAAUCUUUAAUUUCAAAAUAAAUCCAGAGAAAGGAGGGAAAAGGCCAGAAAUUGUCUACAAGGCUUGUAAAAGCCAAAGAUCAUAUAUUCCUGGUCUGACAUGAAAUACACAGUGUAAUUCAAGCCUGUUGUAAGGUUGUCACGAUACCAGAAUUUAAAACUUAGAUCUGAUAAUUCUAAUCAAAUGAUUUCAAUAUUUGUUUUGAUAUCUCGUCAACAAAAAUAGAAGUUCUAGGCACCCAAAAUGGGUAAUUUUUUUUUCUUUUUUAAAAACCAAGAGUUACUAGAUUAAAUUGCACUAAUACUUUGGCAAUCCUUUUGUACAAAAAUGUUGCAAAUGUACUUCACAGUUGGGUUAAAAUAUGACUUAAGUUCUUCUAUGCCUCUGCUCUUUUUGAUUGUAUUGAUCAGGGUUGGGCAAUACAUAGACUAAGAAAUAUCAAUGUCAGUUUAAACAGUAUGUAAGGUACAGUUUUAUAUUGAUGGAUUUUAUGCCAAUUUAUGAUAAUGUUAUUAUUCUUCGAUUGGUCGAAUGAACUGGUGCCAUAGAAAAAAAAAAGAUUCCGGCUCAGACUACACAAAUUUAGUCAGAUUUUGGCCUGACUGCAACAUUGCAGCUCAUUGUCAAACUUUGGGCCAGAUUUUGAGCAUAGGGAACGACAAAUGGUCUAGUAGAGUGACAUAGUUAACGGCGCAUCCAAGAUGCUCCACGACCACGAAUCAGCAAGACUAGCAUGUCUGAAUCACACUUAUAGUGUGGCCAGUCUAUCAGCCAAGACAGGUCAAGAUUUUAGUGGCAUAGUUUGACAUGGUGCAGUCAUGAAUGAGCAAAAAAAUCGUGUAGUCCGACCUGAAAAUGUAUGCAGCCAAAAAGAUUGUUUACAACACGAACCACUAACUCUCAAAUGCUCACUGAAUGUAAGAUAUAACCUAUUCUAAGUGUUUAGACUAAAUGAGUAGUAAUCAUUUAUUUUAUCUAAAGAGCAUUUUUAUCUGAUAUCUUUAUAUUUUAUUACAAACAUCACACAAUCAUUUUUCAUACACAUGUUGGUUUAAGAUUGAUAUCGGCUGAUAUCAGCACUAUUUACAAACAUCCGUAUCGGCCAAAUAAUGUGAAAUGAGCAAAUAUCAAUUACCAUUAUCUAUCUGUCCAGUCGUGAAACAUGCUAGGAGUAUUACACCAAAAGAAGUGAUGAAAACAAUGGUGAUGGCCCUUAUUUUUACUAUCUGUUAGAUAUGCAUACAGCUAAAAACAAUAGCAGCUAUAAAACAACCCUGAUUUACUUUUUUAUUUCACAUCACCCACUACUAUUGAUCAUUAAAUUAUCAGAAAUAGUUUUCUCCUUACAUGUGGUAUCAAGAAGUAUGAAAAAAACUGAAAAUUAAAAAAAAAAAACGUAAUCUAUUAUGUGUGAUUCAACACUUUAGAAGCCAAUCAAACGUUAUCUCUGUGUUUCUCCUUUGUCAACUAUUCAGCAUGUCUUAAUGUCUUAAUGUUGGUAGAUACUUUAUGUAUAACAGCUGUGAACUUAAAUUAUAUUGUUCAAAUGUAUUCUAAUUCAUCUUGAAUGAAUGGCACAGGCUACAUGAUACCUUGUUUACCUCACUAACCUGUCUAUGGAACAUUG